AUGGCAAGAGGAGUAGUUACUGAGCAUCCGUGUUGGCUUGGGAAAGAUGGAAACUAUUCUCGUAUUAGUACCUGUCUAGCAUUGUCACAAGCUGUUUAUGCUCCAGAUGCGGAAAGUUGUGUUAAGUUAUUAAAUGGAUUAAAAUAUUCUAUGUAUCAUGGAAUAAAUGAAUUGUUAUAUUCCAUUAAUUGUAAACGUCAAUAUUUGAUUGCCCUUAAAACACAAACAAAAGAGAUUUAUGUUACGUUUCGUGGCACUGACAGUUGGAAAGCACUGUUGACUAGUUUUCAAGUCUAUGCAAAACCAAAUACCGUCCAAGGCACAUUUCAUGCGGGGUAUUAUGAACAAGCACGAUUGAUUCCACUAGCACCGUUUUUCUAUUUAUUAAACAAAUUUCAAGGUUAUAAAUUAAUAUUUAAUGGACAUUCAUUGGGAGGAGCAAUAGCGACCCUUGUUACUGUUAAUAUGUUAGCUGAUCUGAGAGCCAUACCUUUGAAAGAGCGAAUUUAUUGUAUUGCUUUUGGUUCGCCUUUUAUUGGAAACGAAGCUUGCAGCGAAUAUAUUAAUGCACGUUAUCAAGAUCAUUUUCAGUUCUAUGUUAAUCGUACAGACAUAAUACCCUACCUUUUGACUUUUGUUUAUAAUGCAAGUUCGAAUGUACAAUUAAAAAGAGUCUGUAAGGAAUGGUUAGAAACUUUAGCUCUUUGUCUAACAGCUGGUCAUGAACCAUUGGGAAUCACACAAAAAAUAGCGCGACGAUUACGUAGAACAAUGAGAACAGUUGAAGAUGGUGCUGAUAUUAACAUUGAACGAGAAUGUCGAGGAUUAACUAAGUAUCUUAUUGAAACAUGUCGUAGUCUUUUGAAAGCAAUUUUACCUGAAUAUAAACCAUUCGGUUGUUGUUAUCGUACGAAGUCUGACGAAGAGAACAAAGAUAAUACUGUUUUUUCUAUUGAACGUGUGCCAUUGGAAAAAUUCAGUGCAAAUGAAAUUGAUUGGGAUUCUGGUAAUCUCAUUAUCGGCUUACAGGAUCAUUAUAUAAAAAAUUAUAUCGCUGAAAUUUAUACAAUCGUCAUUGCUAGGUACAACAUGGUACCAUUUUCUGAUUAUGAUUGUCCAGAGGUGCAACUAAUUCAAUCUUCGGCAGCAUUUCCUGCUUCUCCGUUGUAUCUCUUUUUACUCAUGGCAAUGGAAAAAUCAGUCGAAUGCGAACGAGGACUUAAACAUGUGAUCCAUUGUUACCUCUUAAUAACAGCUCUUAAAUGUGAAUAUUCUAAUUGUGAAGGUAAUCUAGUGGAACCAGGAGAUAGUUAUGACGAAUCGGUCAGACUCUUUGUUGUAUAUCUUCCCAUAGUACUGGGUCCCUUUGUUGUCAGUUAUGAGUUUUCUAUUGUCGGGCAUUUUGGAACUAUUGAUCUAUCUGGAGUAUUUGAUCGAAAAAAUUUUACGCUAUCAGAUGGUAUGCAAGAUAGAAAAAAGCAAAUUGCCGAUUUAUCUGUAUUCGAAUUGUAUAAAUUAGCCUUUGCAUACUGUGCUUUUACCGGUGAUGCUGCUCUACUUAAUACCGGCGAGGAUUGUGAUAGAAGAAAAAAUAUUGAAACAAAAUUACUGUUGUGUGAGAACUUGUUAAAAGAUGAUUGUAAAAAAGUGGAAGAACAGUAUCUUGCAGGUUAUUUAAACAAAGAUCUGUUGAAAGAGUUAGGAAAAGAAAUUUCUUAUGUUAAAUAUGAGCGUAAAAAAUUUGAUACAUCGUCACCAUAUUCGUCUGAUAACGAAAGUGAAGAAACGACGACCGAGUGUUCUCCAUUUUCAUUUUAUCAAUCACAAAGAGCAGCGAAGGAAUCGCCGUCUUCAAAAAUCGAAUUUGUCACUAUAAAGAGUGUUUUGAAAAAUUGGUAUGGAAGUGCUUCAGCUAGAUCGACAGCUCAAACGGCACAAACGACAGAUUCAUCAUCGAAUGUUCUUCGUCAUUCUACUGAAGCAGUUGCUGGAGUUGUACCGAGGUUAUUUUGUAUGAUGAUAGCAUUAACACGUGAGUUUAAUUUAAAAUUUGAUAUUCAAGAUAUUCAAUGGUACCAAAUUGGAUGGGCUACCGUAGGCGGUAUUAUGAUCGGUUUAGGUAUUGGUUAUUGGACAGUAGCCGCGUUGUUAUGGCAAUUAUCAAUUGCAGCUGCUGGUGGCACUGUUUUGGGCGGAAUCAUGACACUAUACCAUUUUUUUAAGACAGUACAUACUGAAUAUUUAAAAAUUCUGUCUGUAAUCGCUGAGUCAUUAGGCGUUGAUAUGGAUCAGGUAAGACAGCAUCAGUAUUGUUUAGAAGAAAGAAUUAGUUCGAAAUAUUCUAGCAAAUUUAAACCUAUGCCUGAUGAUGACUAUAUUUAUGAUAGUUGGGAAAACUUUUUCCCAUGUGGUGUUCUGAAAGAAUUAAAUACUUAUGAAAAACGUAAACAUUGUUUAACCAUAGUUAAAUGUAUUAAUGCUAAUUUUCAAAUGCGUACACUAUUAACACAAGAUUUCGCUGUUGGUGUUGUUGGUCCAGGUAAAACUGGUAAAUCAAAACUUGUUAAAGGUAUGUUUGGAUUCGAUACAAAUCCUGAUAAAAACGUGCGAACAACUGAUCUUUGCAGUUAUCGUGUAACGGAUGAAUUUCGAAUUGUUGAUUUUCCACAUUUAACAGCCGUUGUUGAUGCAGUUAAAAAUUGUUUUAUCUGUAAUCAUACAUUAGUUAAUGCAAUUAUUGUUGUUUUGAAUUCUGAACAAGGUGGUAAUGAUCGUGAUGGUGAAGGAUCUGUUAUAGAAACCGUUAAAGUAUUAGCUAAGGAAGGAGUUGAUGUUUUAUACAUUUUUAAUCGAUGUGAUAAAAUAGCACUGGACAGUAAUCAGUCUCAUGAACCAGAAAACGUAGAUAAAUUUUCCAUGUAUAAAAGGGGGGAAACACAACAUGCAACUACUACCAUCACUACCAAUAAGAAAAGAGAAUGGACAGAAAAAGAUGUUGAAAAUAAAAAACUUGAAUGGGCUAAAAAUUAUAACUUAGAUCCAAAUAAAUGUUGGAUGACAUUUUGUGAUGUUGAAGCUAUUGAUCAGAAUAAAGAACUAGAAAAUUUUCAAAAACUAAGAAAAAUUAAUCUUAAUACUUAUUUAGAUAUAAAAGAGAUAUGGUUAAGAGAUGUAUUGAAAAGAAAUAGUGUUAAAUGUGAAAGUAUAGAUGAAAUAAUAAAGUUUUAUAAAUAA